CCAAAGUCACUCGUAGAGUUUCUGGAGGCUCCUGGACUGCGUCUGCUGUUCGACUGAGCGCACAUGAAGAACAGGCAGAUCAGGACAUGAACAGAUCAUGUUUUGUCGUGCUCCUCGGGCUGCUGUGGCGGUGUUGUGGAGCUCAGCAGAGAGGUCUCUUCCCAGCUGUGCUGAACCUGGCCUCCAUGGCAGAGAUCAAGACCAAUGCCACAUGUGGAGAAACGGGACCAGAAAUGUACUGCAAACUAGUGGAGCAUGUACCAGGACAGCCCGUGAAAAACCCUCAGUGUCGGACCUGCAACCUGAAGAGUGAUUAUGCUAAUGAGUGGCAUCCCAUCGAGUACGCCAUCGACGGCACUAACAGAUGGUGGCAGAGCCCGAGCAUCAUGAACGGGAUGGACUACCAUUACGUCACUGUGACUCUGGACCUGCAGCAGGUCUUCCAGAUCGCUUAUGUGAUCCUGAAAGCUGCAAACUCCCCUCGGCCCGGAAACUGGAUUCUAGAACGUUCUCUGGACGGUGAAACAUUCAUGCCGUGGCAGUAUUACGCGAUUACAGACACAGAGUGCAUCACACGCUUCAACAUCGUCCCCAGAACAGGCCCGCCGUCCUACAUGCAUGAUGAGGAAGUCAUCUGUACUUCCUUCUACUCUAAAAUCCAUCCUCUGGAGAACAGAGAGAUUCACACCUCACUAAUAAACGGCCGUCCCAGUGCGGAUGAUCCAUCGCCCACAUUACUCAACUUCACCUCGGCACGCUAUAUCCACCUGUGGUUCCAAAGGAUCCGCACCCUAAAUGCUGACCUCAUGACCCUCGCCCUCAAUGACCCCCGAGACAUUGACCCCAUCGUCACCAGACGGUAUUACUACUCCAUUAAGGAUAUAUCAGUAGGAGGAAUGUGCAUCUGUUAUGGUCACGCUAAGGCCUGCCCUCUCAACCCAUACAACAAGAAAUUCAGCUGUGAGUGUGAACACAACACUUGUGGCGAGAGCUGUGACCGCUGUUGCCCUGGUUACAACCAGAAACCCUGGAUGGCGGAAACCUUCCUCACACGCCACGUCUGUGAAAAGUGCAACUGUCACGACAAAUCAGAGGAAUGCUAUUACAACCAGACUGUGGCUGAUGCUAAGCUGAGUUUGAAUAUGCAUGGUGAAUAUGAGGGAGGCGGAGUCUGCCUUGGUUGCUCUGAAAACACAGGAGGAAAUAACUGUCAAUCAUGUGUAGAUGGCUACUACAGACCAAGUGAGGUAAGUCCACACGAGCCCUGGCCCUGCAGACCCUGCUCAUGUGACCUGAGAGGUUCACUGCACUCUUCAUGUGUCCCAGACGAGAGUCAGGCCACCGCAGGUUUGGCAGUGGGCUCGUGCAUCUUUAAGCAGGGAUACGCAGGUGAGAAGUGUGACAGGUGUGCGUUUGGAUACACAGGAUUCCCUCUGUGUGAGCGAUGCAACUGCAGCAGUGAAGGCAGCAUUAACCAGGAUCCCUGCCAGCCGCCCUGUGUGUGUAAGGUACGACAUGUCUGGUACUGUUGGGGUGACAGGACUGCUUUCUGUCCUCUUACAUCCUCUGGCCCGGUGUCCUCCGGAGCAUUUGCCAGUGCUGAGCUACAAAACAAAUGCAAGAAAUCAGACCUGGCCUACGAUCAUUAUGGUCAAAGCACAGUAAAUGGUCAAGCUGAUACUCCCAACUGGAUGCUGCUUUUCCGUGGAUGCGAGAAGUGCUACUGUUCUGGUCUAGCCAGCCUGUGUGCUGAAUCCCACUGGGACUACAGUAAUGUGACGGAUAUGUCUGGAUGGUAUCUGACAGGAGCGGAUGGGGAGGGGCUUGUGUGGGCGGUGCCCAGCAGAGAGACGGCCCACCAGCUCACCGUCAGCCAAUCAGAUGCGCAGACUCACCUGACGGCACCGUACUACUGGAGCGCCCCGUCUGCUUACCUGCGCAAGAAAAUGAGUGCGUUUGGGGGUUCGGUGCCUUACUCGCUCUCUUAUGACACAGAGAGCAAAGACGACCCCGUUCCCAUCAUCAGCACUCCUGAUGUCAUCAUAGAGGGCGGCGGGCUGAGGUUGAUUGACAGCAGCUCUGGGGUUGCGGUGUAUCCGUUCUCCACAGCUGAGCGCAGGAUAGAUCUCCUGCCAGAGAGCUUUCAGCAUCAGGCCUCAGGACUGGCUGUCAGUAAGAGAGACUUCCACAGCGUCCUCAACAACAUCCAGCGUCUGCUGCCCCGGGCCUCCUACACUCAGGAACACAGCGCCAUCUACAGGUUGGGUCGUGUGAGCAUGAGUGUGGCUGCUGAAGGCUCUGGCAGCAGCGUUAAGGCCCACGCUGUGGAGGUGUGCCAGUGUCCUCCCGGAAAUGACGGCACUUCCUGUGAGAUGUGUGCUAUGGGCUACCGCAGGGUGAACGGGACACUGUACCGCGGCGUGUGUGAACUCUGUCAAUGCCACGGACACGUGGAGCGCUGCCAUGACGUCACUGGACACUGCCUGGGCUGUAGGGAUCACACGGUCGGACCGUACUGUGACCAGUGUGCUCCUGGAGACGCCACCAGAGGAACUGCAGAUGACUGUCAGCCAUGUGCUUGUCCUCUUCUCAGCCCAUCAAACAAUUUCAGUCCCACAUGUCACGCCGAUGCCAGGGGUGAGGUGAUCUGCGACCGAUGCCCGCCGGGUUACACGGGCACACGCUGUGACAGGUGUGCUAAUGGCUAUUUUGGUCGUCCCAACAUUCCUGGAGGUUCCUGUCAGCCGUACCUGGAUCUUACAGCAGAGCUCAGCUGCGACCCGGUGACCGGAGCCUGUCUGUGCUGUCGUGAGGGAUAUGGAGGGCCGGACUGUGAAAGGUGCGCUGACGGAUACUUUGGGGAUGCCCUUAUAGCCAAGAAUUGCCAAGCGUGUCAGUGUCACACUAAUGGAUCGCUCUCAGAGUUGUGCCAUCAGGAGACCGGACAGUGCCAGUGUCGACAACAUGUUGUUGGACGUCAGUGUGACGAGUGUAUGUCUGGCUUACACAUGCAGGGCGCUCAAGGCUGCGUUCCAUGCCACUGCAAUUCAUUCGGAUCGAAGUCGUUUGAUUGUGACGAGAGCGGUCAGUGUCGCUGUCAGCCUGGUGUGACGGGACAGAAGUGUGACCGCUGCGCUCCCGGACACUUCAGCUUUCAGGAAGGCGGCUGCACACCGUGCCAGUGUGCCCAUGUGGGAAAUAACUGUGAUGCUAACACAGGUCAGUGUAUCUGUCCGCCCAACACCGUGGGAGAGAGAUGUGACAAAUGUGCGCCCAACCACUGGGGUCACGACAUCAGCAGCGGCUGUAAGCUGUGCGGCUGUAACUCAUUGGGGUCUGUGGCACAGCAGUGUAAUGUGAACACUGGCUGCUGUAUGUGCCAUGAGCAGUUCAGGGGCGAGAAAUGUGAUGAGUGUAAGCUGGGUUACAGAGACUUCCCACAAUGCAUUUCCUGCCAGUGCUCGGUAGCAGGCUCGUCACUGUACACCUGCGAUGCAGAGUCUGGGCUGUUGCAGAGUGGGCAGUGCUCUUGCAAGGCCAAUGUGGAGGGAAUGAAGUGUGACCGCUGUAAGAUGGGCUCUUUCGGCCUCAGUCACAGGAAUCCGCUGGGCUGCAGUCAGUGCUACUGCUUCGGCUUGAGCAGCACAUGUAUGGAGGCCACGGGACUCAUCCGUAUGAGGAUAACAGCCUAUGGUGGGAAGCUGAAGUAUGCCAUCUAUUACGAGGCUCGUGAUGAGACGGGCCGCACCUCUUACAAGCCCCAGGUCAUCAUAAAGGGCGGCCCCAAUAAGGACAAGGUCAUGGUUCGCCACAUGCCAGCGCUUCAGAUUGGCCAGCUGACCCGUCACGAGAUUGACAUAACAGAGCAUGAGUGGAAGAACAGUGAUGACAGGUCGAUGUCUCGUGAGGAUUUCAUGGACGUGCUGUUUCAUGUCGAAUAUAUACUAAUAAAGGCCUCACACGGCAGCGUCAUGAGACACAGCAGGAUUUCUGAGAUCACUUUGGAGGUGGCUGAGGUGGGGACGCCCUCACAGGACAGUGAAAUCGCCCAUCAGAUUGAGAAAUGUGACUGUCCUCUGGGAUACGCCGGUCUCUCCUGUGAGGAAUGUGCGGCUGGGUUCUACAGGCUCUCUGUUCAUGCCGCUGCCAGAGCGGGAUUUGGCACCUGUGUCCGGUGCCAGUGCAAUGGACACAGUGACUCGUGCGAUCCUGAAACAGCCGUCUGCCAGUGUGAGGAGGGUUUUAAUGACUACCGCUGCACCGCCUGUCCUGAAGGCUACGAGGGAAAACACUGUGAAAGGUGCGCUGCUGGUUUCCACGGUAACCCGAGCGUGUUGGGCGGCUGGUGCGAGGAGUGUAAGUGCGAUGCUUACGGUGCAUUUCCCUCCGCGUGUGACCCGCGCUCCGGACAGUGCCGGUGCCGUCCCGGAGCCAGCGGCCUGAAGUGUGACCAGUGCAUGGAGAGGCAUGUGUGUGGCCCUCAGGGCAUCGUGUCGUGUGACGACGACUGCGCGGGACUCUUGAUUCGAGACAUGGAUCGUCUGCUGCAUUUGAUUGGCAGCGUUAAUCUCACUCUGCCCCUCCCCCUGCCGUAUAAAGUGCUGUAUCGAUACGAGAACAUGACGGAGGAGUUGAAGCACAUGCUGUCCCCUCAGAGAGCCCCGGAGAGACUGCUGCAGCUGGCCCACAGUAACCUGGGCAGUCUGGUCACUGAGAUGGACGAGCUGCUCAGCAGGACGACUAAAGUGUCUGCUGAUGGGGAGCAGACGGCAGCAGAUGCAGAGCGGAGCCGUAAAGGAGCCGAGGACCUGGAGCUUUACAUCAGGAGCACACUGCUGGCUGCUGAAGCUUUACGGGACAAAGCGCUUGAGCUGAACGCAACUCUGGGCUCGACGGACGGGGCUCCUGAGAAGAGCGUGAACGAGAUGAACGAUGAAAUCCAAACAAUGCUCGCAGAACUACGCAAACGCCAGCUCUCCGGCAAGAAAAACAUCGCUGACGAAGAACUGGGUGCCGCAGAGGCUCUUUUGGCUAGAGUGAAGCGUUUGUUUGGAGAUCCACACCAGGCCACAGAGGACCUGAAGAAGAAGGUCAGUGAUAAAAUGGGCGAUUACAGGCAGAAACUGGAUGAAGCUCAGGAUCUGCUGAGGGACGCGCACAACAAAACCAAACAGGCCGAGGGACUGGCUGUUAACAACCAACUGAACCUCGACCGUCUGCAGGGAAAGAGGGAUGUGGCCGGUGAACAGAAAAAGGAAAUGGAGGGAAUUUUGGCCGAAGGAGAGAAGAUGCUGGACGAAGCUAACGCUCUCUCAGACAGCAUCAACCAGGGCAAAGAGGAGCUGGAGGAGAUGGCCAGAGAGCUGGGCCCCCUGCAGGAUAAGUUGGAUUUUAAGGUGGCGCGGUUGGGUCGCGGUCUGGACGACUCCAUCCCUGAUCUGCUGCUGAGAGCGGAGGACCACGCCAGCCAGCUCAACGAUUCUGCUGCCAUACUCGACAGCAUUCUAGCUGAGGCAAAGAACCUGUCCUUCAACGCCACCGCUGCUUUCAACGCUUACACCAACAUCAAGAACUACAUCGAUGAGGCCAAUAAAGUGGCCAAAGAGGCAAAGAAAACCAGCAUUGAUGCUCUACAGCUGGCCUCAGGACCCAAAGGAUCUCUGAAAGACCAGGCCAAGGGUUCGGUUCAGAAGAGUCACCGUCUGUGGAACGAGGCCAAAGAGCUGCAGAAUGACGUGAAAGAAAAUGGAGACAAUCUGGGUGCUCUUCAGUUCAGACUGAAAGGACCCAACAAAAAGAACAAAGACUUACAGAAAGGCCUGAACGACACAAUGGAGAAACUCAACGCCAUCCCUGAUGAUCUGGCAGCGAAGAUCCAGGCCACUAAGCUGAAGGCAGCGGAGGCCAACGACACGGCCAUAGACGUGCUCCACCGCCUGAAGGACAUGAACCUCAACCUGAUGGGCCUGAAGAGGAACCACAGCAAACUGGAGGACGACGUCAAGACAGCCAACAACCUGAUCAAAGACCCGGAGAAAAACAUUCACGCGGCCGGAGCUAAAGUCAAGGAUGUGGAGAACGAGGCCGAUAGGUUGUUGGAGAAACUGAAGCCCAUUCAGGAGCUCCAGGACAACCUGAAGAAAAACAUCUCGCAGAUCAAAGAGCUCAUCAGCCAGGCUCGCAAACAGGCCAACUCUAUUAAGGUGUCUGUGUCGUCCGGUGGAAGCUGUAUCCGCACCUACCGGCCGGAGAUCAAGAAAGGCCGCUAUAACACCAUCAUCCUCCAUGUGAAGACGGUUGCUGCUGAUAACCUGCUCUUCUACCUCGGAUCGGCCAAAUAUGUGAUGGAUUUCUUGGCAGUGGAGAUGAGGAAGGGUAAGGUGAACUUCCUGUGGGAUGUGGGAUCAGGGGUCGGCCGUGUCGAAUAUCCCGAUCUCCUCAUCAACGAUGGAAACUGGCAUCGGAUCGAGGCCUCACGUAUCGGGCUGAACGGCAGUAUCUCCGUCCAUGCGCUGGGGGGGCCCAAAACUGGCAUCUUACCGACCCUCAGUAGUGCCAAAUCACCCGAGAGUUACACCGUGCUGGAUGUGGACCAGAAUGCUUACCUGUUUGUCGGCGGCAUGCUGGGCUCAGUGAAGAAGGCAGACGCUGUGAAAACCACCACAUUCUCAGGCUGUAUGGGAGAGACGUCUCUGGAUGGAAAACCCAUCGGCCUCUGGAACUACAGAGAGAGAGACGGGGAUUGUGCUGGAUGUGUGGUCAGUCCUCAGCCAGCGGACACUGAAGGCACGAUUCAGUUUGACGGAGAGGGAUACGCCGCCGUCAGCCGACCCACCCGAUGGAACCCAAAUGUUUCCACGGUCAUGUUCAAGUUUCGCACGUUCUCCACAGACGCGCUCAUGAUGUACUUCGCCACCAGAGACAUGAAGGACUUCAUGAGUGCAGAGCUGAGCGACGGGAGGGUAAAAGUGAGUUAUGAUCUGGGCUCUGGCACCGGCUCCAUCAUCAGUGACAAACGCUAUAAUGACGGCAAAUGGAAGUCGUUCACCAUGUCCCGCAUGAAGAAAGAAGCAAACAUCGCCAUAGUGAACAUCGACACUAAUGAGGACGAGCAGUUGCGGAUGGCGUCUCCAGGUGGAGCGACAGGCCUCAACCUAAGGGAGGAUGAGAGGAUAUAUUUUGGCGGUGUACCCAAGACUGGAAACUACAGGUCAGAGGUGGUUUUGAAGAGAUUCUCUGGCUGUAUGAAAGACAUUGAAGUUUCCAGAACGCCGUACAAUCUGCUGAGCAGCCCAGACUACACAGGACUGACCAAAGGCUGCUCCAUUGAGAACCUGCACACCGUGAGCUUCUCCAGGCCCGGGUACAUGGAGCUGAAGCCUGUAUCGUUUGAUGUGGGCUCAGAGAUCUCUCUCUCCUUCAGCACGAAGAGUGAAAACGGCAUCAUCCUGUUCGGCAGAGGAGGACUGACCUCUAUGACGCAGCUCACGCAGGGCCUGACGCCUGUCCACAUCCCGCGCCGCUCGCGCAGACAGACCGGAGAGCCCUUCCUGUCUGUGCAGCUGAAUAAAGGGGCUCUGGAGGUGCUGGUGUUCACAGGCAGCAAGAGUCCACGCAGAGCUUUCAGAAAAGCGGAUAAGGGAAUACUGCAUGAUGGGAGAGAGCACUCACUGCGCAUCCAGAGACUCCCGGGAGCAUCUUUCACUGUGCAGGUGGAUGAAGAGCCACCCUUCCAGCAGCCAUUACCCAACGAUCAUCCUCUGAGCAUCCAUCGGCUCUUCAUUGGAGGCAUCCCGACGGACAUAGAAACAGGUGUACAGCGGCCCAACGUGCCUUUUGAGGGCUGCAUCUGGAACCUUCUCAUCAACACUGUGCCCGUGGAUUUCUCUCAGCCCGUGGCCUUUGAGAACGCAGAGAUUGGGCAGUGUCCUGACCUGGCCCCGCCCCAGACCCCUGAGGAAGAGGAGGAGGAGGAAGAGGCUCUGAGGCCUACAGAAGCAGCUCGGCCUCCACCACCAGCCUCCACUGCCACGCCCCUUGCUGAAGCCACGCCCAUCCCAGACACGCCCACCAGUGUCAGAGAAGCCGGGGCGCCGUGCGCAGCGGAGGCGGAGCCUGUCGUGCUGGAACUGGCCAAACAGUUCGGUCUGUCCAGAAACAGUCACAUGGUCUUUGAGUUUGACGACAGGAAGGUGAAGAACAGGCUGAUCAUGGAGUUCGAGAUACGCACAGAAGCAGCCUCGGGGCUGGUUUUCUACAUGGCCAGGAUAAACCACGCUGACUUCGCCACCAUCCAGCUGAAGGAGGGAAUGGCUCACCUGAGCUACGAUCUGGGCAGCGGCAACACCUCCGUCAGCGUGCCGCGCAUCAUCAACGACGGACAGUGGCACAAGAUCCGUGUGACGAGAGAGAAGCAGAGAGGUUUUCUCGUGAUUGACGGCCGUUACUCCAAACACACCACCAGCCCAAAGAAAGCUGAUAUUCUGGAUGUGGUGGGAAUGUUGUACGUGAGAGGUUUACCGCUGAACUACAGCAGCAGACGCAUCGGACCGGUGCUGCACAGUAUCGACGCUUGCAUUAGAAACUUCAAGAUGAUGCAUCUGCCGCUGGACAUGGAGAAACCCGCGUCUAGCUACCGCGUGGGCUCCUGCUUCGCCAACCCAGAAAAAGGAACUUAUUUUGAUGGCACUGGCUAUGCUAAAGCUGUGGACACGUAUCGAGUGGGUAACGAUGUGUCCGUGGGUCUGGAGUUCAGGACGGCACAGAGCAGCGGCGUUCUGUUCGGCGUCAGUAGCCAGAAGAUGGACGGACUGGGAAUCGAACUUGUCAACGGAAAGCUUUUAUUCCAUGCUGAUAAUGGAGUGGGGCGCUUCACAGCCGUAUAUGAGCCGGAUCCGGAGGCGGGGCUUUGUGAUGGACAGUGGCACACCGUCUCUGCCCACAAACUGAAGCACCGCCUGGAGCUCGUCGUGGACGGCAAGAAGUCCGAGGCAGCGAGUCCAGACGCCCGCUCUGCCUCCGCCGAUACCAAUGACCCGGUGUAUGUGGGCGGAUACCCCGAGGGUCUGAAGCAGUUUGGACUCACUAUAAACACACCGUUUAAAGGCUGCAUGAGAAAUGUGAAGAUCACUGAAACUGGGAAGACACUGGAGGUCCAGAUGAACAAAGUCCUGGAGCUCAAAGGAGUUCAACCUCUCACCUGCCCUGCUAGUUAAACACCGCACACUCACGCACACACACUCACUCACACGCGCACACACUCACUCACACGCGCACACACACGCGCGCGCGCUCACACACGCUCACGCACGCACACACACACACUCACCUGAUUCAUUGAACUGCUACUCAGAGUGAAUCAGUUCAUGAAUCAAAAUCAGAAAUAUUCAGAGAACUAACUGAAGUACUAGCUGUGCUGCUCAUAACCAAAUAACACAAGGAAUAUUAAUAAACAAACAGCUAGACAAACCAAAGGUUACAGACAAACCAAGCCAAAUGAAAAACAGAUCAAAAACUGCUUUAAAAUAAAAUUACUACAGCCA